GUCCCUGCAAUGCUGCUGUGCAGCCUCUCCUCUGCCUCUGUGGCCCCCUCAACAGGCAACACCAGCCUCACCAUGUUCUUCACUGUCAACACCACUGUCGAUUCCACUCUGAGAGCUUCAAGCAGUUCCUCAGCCAACGAGAGCGCGACGUCAAACCAGACCGAGGCCUCCCCAAGGAACGCUACCAUCCCUCUUGAUGGCUCCUCCACCGCCGACAGCCAGAUGCCACCCAGCACCGAGGGGCCACGUGACACACCCCCAGCGGUGCAAACCGAGAGCUCCGGGAUUGGGACGGACACCACCGUGAAGCCGACCGGUCAGAACACUGAGCCUUGGCCUACUCCUCACGGGCCUGAGGAGACUCCGCCGUCCGCAACCCCGUCCAGGAUGUCCAGUGGGUCCCCACCCAGUCAGACUGGAGCACUGGCAGGAACCACCUGGGAAACCGGGCACCUCUCUUGUGAACCCUCCGCUGUUCCAGGACAGAACAACCCGGAAACCAAGAAGAAGGGACAGUUUGGGAAAACACUGGGGAUCUUCAUUGGUUUAGCGGUUGUCCUGCUUCUGGUGUUCGGGCUGGUCUACUUGAUCUACAACAGGACUCAAAAGGAUGACCCGUUCUCACACCAAAGGCUCUACAACAGCGACCCAGUUCUUAGCCUUGAUGUUACGGUGGAGCCCCCGGACCGGUUCUAUGGGAGUCUGACCCCUGACCUCGGCCGAGAGGGUCAGGGGAAUCAUGUGACCUCACAGAAAACGCUGAAUCAGCCAAUGGGGGAGGUGAAAAAUCCAGCGUCUCCACCUCAAACCCACGACGAGAUUCAGCUGAAACCAAUGUCCGAAAGCUCAGUGAAGAUAUUUCUCUGAAAUGUAUUUUAUGUUUUUCUUUAAACUCAGCAGCAAUGGUGCAAAUAAAUAUUAUGCUAACUGUUACCAUGGAGAGUGGCUAGUGUAAUAUUUAGUCAGGUCUGAGCUGCGAAU